UCUGCCUACACAUAUCCCUGCGUAUUCAUCUUAUUGUCGGUUCCUAAAGUUUCUUUCUCUUCCCUUUCAAUCCACGGUUUUAUUUCAAUAUCUCUUCCUCUAUUGAUAUACAUUCAAUUCAUUGCCCCUCUCUCUCUCUUCGCAGGCUUUGUUCAAGGGGGAGAGAGAGGAGAGAUUUUAACGAUCGUUUAACGGUUAGUUUGAACCCCCAACUUUUCUAGGGUUCAACCGCCUAAUUGUACUUGUAAACACGAUUCGAUUUAUUUGAUUAGGUGGCAAUGACGUGUGAAUUGAAUUAUGAGGAUGAGGGUGGGGUUGUGCCGAUGUUGAAUCUGAGGAUUGGGGACACGAAUGGGGACUAUUAUGUCAAAUUGAAGGGAUCGGAGGAGGGUUUUCACGGUGGUGAUGAUGGUGGGGCCGCGUGUUCGUCUUCGGGAAUGAUGAGUAGCAGUAGAUGGUGCUCGCUCUGGUGGUGGGCGAAGCUCGUGUUGUUGUUCUCAUUCUUGGGGGUUUUGGCUGCUGUUUUCCUCAAAUGGGUCGGACCCUUCUUCAUGGAUAAGGAGAUCAUUCCUAUAAUAAAUUGGGAGAAGGCAACAUUUAGCACGCCAGUGCUUGGACUUCUAAUCUUUGUUUCCGUGGCAUUAUUCCCUACCUUCCUUUUACCGUCUUCACCUUCCAUGUGGGUGGCAGGGAUGACUUUCGGUUAUGGGUUUGGAUUUCUACUCAUCAUGGGAGGGGUGGCCAUUGGCAUAUCACUUCCAUAUUUUAUUGGUUCUCUUUUCCAUCAUAAAAUCCAAGGUUGGAUAGAAAGAUAUCCUAAGAAUGCUUCCGCCAUAAGGUUAGCUGGCGAAGGAAAUUGGUUUAAUCAGCUUCGAGCUGUCGCAUUAAUCAGGAUCUCUCCUUUCCCAUACAUUAUAUACAAUUACUGUGCUGUGGCGACCAAUGUUAGGUAUGCUCCAUACUUAUUUGGGUCACUGAUGGGAAUGGUGCCGGAAAUUUUUCUUACUAUAUACACGGGAAUCCUGAUCCAAACAUUGGCUGAUGCUUCACAUGAUCGACAUUCCCUUUCAGCGCCACAGAUAAUUUUCAAUGUUUUUGGGUUUGGCUUAACUGUCAUUACCACGGUGAUAGUUACAACAUAUGCAAAAAGUCGGCUCAAGGAAUUACAGAAGGACGAGGAGCUAUUACUGCAGUAAGCUUUGGUUUUCUUCCCGGUAUGGAUCAAGGCAGGAAAUCACCUGCCACUAAGUCAGGUCAGAAUUGCACAUAUGAUAGGGAAGCAUUGCUGGGCUGGGUGCUAUUUAUUGAUCUGCUCUAAAUACUUGGGAGGUUGAUCUCCAGUUAUUUGGUGUCAGUGGGCAUAAUUUGGAAGGAGGGAGAGAGUCAAGACAAAACAGCUAACAUGGUUGACAUCCAUACUGGACCAGUAUAAAAAGAAGAAUAAUUGUUGAUUAAUGUUCUCUCUCUCUUUCUCUCUCUUACACAAUGUGAACUGGCAUUGUAUGUAAUUAAAAUGGCUGCUUUAAAGGUUGAAUUGGAGCUUUGUGCAAAAAUCCCACAAACU